UUCCCCAGGUCCACAGGUUGUGUAGAUUACAGACCUGCCUGUUCCUGGUGCUCUGACCCCUCACGGCUCUAGGGAUCCAAGUUUUCUGUGGGUUCCCAGGGAUAUACUCCUACUAACCUGGGUCGGCUUGCACCCAGAGGCCCGGGAAUGGCCCAUUGCAUGAGCCACUGCUGAGCGGCCGGUCCUGCGGCUGGGCCACUGCAGUCCAGGAAUCUGGACGUGAGUUGUUCUCCGCCCAGCCACAUGCAUGCGGGGUGAGCUCACCCUGGCUCGCUGCCUCCUUCCCCCAAUCUCUCCAAUUAAAAACAUAUUACCUUCCCGCUCCGCCCGGAGCAGCCCUGGGCCGCAGCUUUAUUUUAUAAACACAUUUAGACACGUUCAAAAAGGAAUGAUUCAUGCUGGACCUGAGCGCUGCGAAACGCGAGGCCGGCUGAGCGCUUUCACAGGACAAGCAUCCUGCACUGGACCAGGCCUGGCCCUCAGGGGGUAUCAUCUCUCCUGCGCCAGGUCGGGGGAUUACCUGGACGCAGCUGGAAGGACUUACCCACACGGCCACCUUUCGGCACCCCCAGCACAGCCCCAGCCACCGCAAGCUCUUCGAAGGGCAAGACGCAGGCCCAGUCCCCCACCCCACCCCACCUCCCGGGAGGCUUCCUGGGGUGCCUCCACUACUCCUGGCCCCUCCUCCUCCCCUCUCCGGUUCCUCUGCAGACUCAGGUUCAGGAGAUCAAACUCAGUCCAUCAGGCUUGGCUACACCUUUACCCACUGGGCCAUCUUGCUGGCCCUGCUGUGAUGUCCAGAUCUGAAUCCCUCACAGAGAUGACAGUGCACACAGCCGGUCCUAUCCAAGCUGGUGAGGAUGCAGAGCUAGAGCUCUCAUGAUGGAAUUUCAGGAGACACAGACACCCUGGAAGACAG